UAAUAACCUUUCUAGGUAGAGCGCACCUCAACACAAGCCAGUCGUCUGAUAAUGGCAGGACUGUAUCGAGCUCUUCUAACAUCUGCCUCCACUGUCACAAAGAAUUUGACACAAGCCACAUGUCGCACUAAAUUCACUAAGAGUCGCAUCCCUCCACAGGUAUUUGAGGAACGAGCAAAAGAACAUGGCAAGUACGGUGGUGAUCCAGAACAUCCUCAUAAAUUACACAUAGUGACACGGGUUAAAAGCACAAUGAGGCGUCCAUAUUGGGAAAAGAAGGUUAUAAAGAGCUUGGGGUUAAUGAAGGCGCAUGAACCCCGUGUCCACAAGAACACCCCUUCAGUUAACAAUCUACUGAAAACCAUUAAGCAUCUGGUUAGGAUUGAGCCGCUCAAGCUUCCGUAUGGACUACCUGCUGAGGAGGACAUGGCCAACACAUAUCUGAACAGCAAAGGGGAGCUGGUAGUUAAACGUCUCCUGCAACCACUUGAGCAGAAGGCCAUUGAGUCAUAGAAUUUAUCUAGCCUACCAUG